AUGCAGGAACCAGUAACACUGCUCGAUUAUUCAAUGAAUUCUGUCACCGAAGGGAUCGAUGCAAUUGCCACUACUCGUGUUGUAAUAAGAGGGGACAACAGUUACUUAUCUACUAAUGCAUCGGCUGGAGAAGAAGUUCAACGAACGUUUAGUGGUAUCGGAGCGGGAAUGGACAUCAUCGUGGCAAGUCUCAAGGCCUACAUUGGUGCAUUAAACAAGAUGCUUGGUUUCUACGGAGUUGAUGUUAAGGUGACCGAAAAAAUAACAGUCUGUAUAAAAAUUGUUUAUUUGAGAAGAGGAUGAUGGUGGCAAUCUUACAUUCUCAACAUGCUUGAAAGCUUUUAGCAUUUUGGGUUAAGUUUGCUUUAAUUAUCAGUAUUUGGUUGGUUGUGUUA